ACACACGAGACCCAACGAGAAAUCUCAAGCCUCAAGACUUUUGAAAGGUAUGUAAGUUUUCCCAAUUCCAUUCAUUUCCUGGAAAAUCCGUAUAUAAAUAUGUUUGAACAUUGAAAUUCGUAUAUAAUUACUCAAAAAGAUAUCUAAAAUUCGAAGUUGUGUAUGGUAAAUUCGUAUUGCCGACGAUGAGUUGUUUAUAGUGUGCUUUUGACCUGAGAUUUUAGGGUUCGAUUGUGAACUUCAUCUUCAUGUAUUAAUCUUAGUUUUUGAACAGUGAUCGUAUAUCAGAUUCACUCUUUUUUGUUUGUUUGUUUGUUUGUUCAUAGCGUAGAGUGUGCUUCUUUCCCUUUUGUAAUGAUCAAUAGUGCACAGCUAAUUGAUUUAAGUUGGUUUCCCUUGGUAAUUUUUUUUCAUUAGUUGUUGUUGAUUGCCUUAAUUUGUUUAUCAAAACAUUCUCAAGAGAGAUGUAUUUAAGUUGACAUUGAUUUUGUCAUUGCUGAGAACUCAGCAUUUAGUACCUGAUUCAUUGAUUGAGGCUGACCAUGGAGUCGGAGGUUCCUGUUGCUACAAUAGCUGAUAAAGUCAACGUGGUGGUAGAGGCCUCAAUAAAAGGCUCACAUGCUGGCAAGAAGAAUCAGGGCAAAGUUCCAAAAAGAAUUCACAAGUCUGAGAGGGAGAAAAUGAACCGUGAACAUUUGAAUGAGCUCUUUCUUGCAUUGGCUAAUGCUCUUGAAUUGACUCACCUGAACAAUGGGAAGGCCUCUAUAUUGUGUGAAGCUACUCGGAUUGUAAAGGACAUGCUUACUCAGAUUGAGUGCCUCAAAAAAGAAAAUGCAGCUUUGUUCUCUGAAUCUCAAUAUAUGGCUAUUGAGAAGAAUGAGCUACAAGAUGAAAAUUCUGCACUAGAGGUUCAGAUUGGGGAACUGCAGAGUGAGUUAAAAAAGACAUCGGUCCAACCAAAUCUUGACCUAAAUGUAGCUCCUCCGGAAUGUCAUCAAUUAGAAUUGGUGUCACAUUCCUUGGAGGACUGUCUCAGAUUGCCCGCUGUUGAGCCUGCACAGCAGAAAGCAGCAUCAGUAAGCCCCGUUUUUGUCCUCCCCCUCCAUUCUGAUCUUGCAGUUUAUCGGGAGCCUGAUACCAUGCAGCAUGCUCCUCAGCCAAUCUCAAAUGUGAGGAAACCACACGCCAGGUAUCCCACUCCGGCUGAUUCAUGGCCGUCCCAAGUUCUUGAAAGAUAG